GAGGGGGCGAGGGCAGCCGGGGAGGAGCCGGCGCGGCGGGUACCGCGGCGAUUCGCCAAUCGCUGCAGACUCGGGUUCGCCCAGACUCUGGACGUGGGCCGGCUGGCACUGGGGCGCCGUUCCGCGCCCGCGCGGACUUCGGAAUUAGCCCGGGGACGGACGGGCGCGGCAGCCGGAGCGCGUUUCUGCCGGACGCCGAGCCCCCGCCGAGCGCCGAGGAUGCGCGCCCUGCCAGUCCUGGACGCGCACCCGAGCGAGGGGCUCCUGCCACGGGACCCCGAGGCCCCCCGGGCCCGAGGCGACGCGGCGGGGCCGGCACGCAGGAGCGCCGUGGAGAGGCUGGCGGCCGACCGCGCCAAGUACGUGCGGGGCCUGCCCGGGGCCGGCCCGCGCCCCGCUUCCGAGGACAGCAGCCCCGGGGCGAGCGAAGGGCAGGCGGGCGACCCUCGGCCCCCGGCCCGCGUCCCCGGUCCGGUGGCGCGCAGGACCAUAGCGCGGAAGCCACUGCGGCCUGACUCGCUGGUCAUCUACCGGCAGAAAUGCGAGUUCGUCCGAGGGCCGGGCGCCGACAGCUCCCGAGCGGGGCUGGUGAAGAAGCUCUUCCAGGGGCCGGGCAGAGACAAGACUCCGGUGCCCCCCGAGACGUCCCGGGGGGCAGAGGAGGGCAGGUCCAAGGCCGAGGAGGCCGCCCCGACCAAGCCCGGCUCCGUGACGGCCCCCGCGCCCCCGGGGCCCGUCGGGGCGCCCACAAGAGUCCCGGCUGUGCCGCGGGGCCCGGAGCUGCGGGGGCUGAGGCGCGGGGGGCUGCAGCGCUCGCAGUCAGACCUCAGCUCCCGCUACUCCUCGUCCCUGGCCGAGUUCGACACGUUCUUCCAGUACUGCGGCCUGGAGCCCGAGGUGGUGGAGGCGCUCGGGAGGGAGAACUUCUCCGCGGGGUCGGACCGCGUCGCGCUCAAGGUCCGCAGCGUGAGCGUCGCCACCUCCGACAGCGGCUUCUCCCGGCACAGCAGCGGCGACGAGGGGCUGCAGGAAGAGGAGCUGACGGAGCAGGUGCCCAGCACCACCUCGGUCAUCGAGAGGAACGCCCGCAUCAUCAAGUGGCUAUACACCUGUAAGAAGGCCAAGGAGACCCCCAGCCAGGGGCUGCAGAGCCCCGCAUGACCGCUGCGCCUGCGGAGACC